UCGUUUGAGCACUGGUAUGCUGUUGUGUGUUUGAGGUCUGGUAUUCACAAAAAUUCAAGAGGACUUCAAGGAGGAGUUGUUUUCAUCCGUCAAUUAAAUAUAUAUAAUUCAAUUUAAAAUUGUUUAAAAAAAAUUUUGGUACAAAACAACUACAAAUAAAAAAAAAUGAAAUUCAAAAUAUUGACAAUUUUGUUGUCCAUCGCUUUAAUCGAUAACUUUGUCGACGCAUUUCAACACCAAAUGACACUUAACCGACUGAUCCGAGCGGCCAAUGAUAAGAAAGGUCAUCACCAAUCGGAUUGUCGUUACGAUAAGGAGGCGUGGGAGGAGUGCGACAGCAAUGGACAACAGAGACGAGUACUCAAAUUGAAGACAUCGCGAUCCGCGGCCACCAAUUGUGAGUCGGAAAAGUUUAUAACCAGACCGUGCAAAAAGAACUGUCGGUAUUCAAAGGGCGUGUGGACUGAUUGUGUGAACGGAUCCAAACACCGGACAGACAAUUUGAAACCGGUUUCGACGGCCGGUUGCGAACCGACCAGAAAUAUUACCAAAGCCUGCAAAGAGCAGUGCAAUUACGUGAAAAGCGAGUGGUCUUCCUGUGAGAGUGGCUUCAAGACAAAGACAUUGACACUGCAGUCGGAACCGGGAGUCCGGUCGGCCUGUGAACCGACUAAACUCAUACGCAAGCCGUGCGGUAAUCGACAGAAUCGCAAGGAUAGGCCUAAAAACAAGAAGAUUGUGCCCAACAUUACUCCCGAUGAGGAGUAAUAAUGAUAUAAAUAUAUAUUUAAAUUACAUUAUAAUAUCAAUUCAUUUGGUGCCU